UAUAUGAUAUAAUGUCUCGGACUUAGAUUCAUAUAUCCAAUCCUAGAUCGAUAUAUAUAUAUAUGUUUUCCGUUCUUCGCACGACCCUUUUUUGAGGUGGCAACUAUUUUGGUAACAUACAAAUCGAACAAGAGAGUAUUAAAGUAAAGAAUCACUAUCAAUCUAUACAUAUAAAUAAACAAUGGUUGCCAGUUUAGUCAAAUUCAACGCGGGAAAGGUUCAAUACGAUGAAGAUACCAAGAAAUGCUUGCCAUUGCCACAUAAGGGGGUGAUUUCAAUUAAGCCAAGUGCUGAAGAAGAUUCAUUUUACGAUUUCAUAUGGACUCCAAAAUCAGGUUCAGGAAAUGUUGAGAGUGAUGAUUUAUUAAUUAUUCCAGGUGAUGUUACUUUCAAGCAAGUGAAGUCAUGUAAGACUGGACGUGUAUUUGCUCUUACAUUUUUAUCUUCAGGGGCAAAGAACCUUUAUUGGCUUCAAGAUGUUGGGGAUGAUGAAGAAUUGGACAAAUUAACCGAAAAGGACGAACUCAUAGUAAAGAAAAUUUCCGACUUACUUAUGGUUGAAGAUGAUGAUGACGAAGAAGAGGAAGAAGAAGAUAACGAGGUAGAAGGCACCGAGGAAGCUGAAGAUGUAAAGAUGAAGCAGGAAGAGGAAGAAGAAGUGAAGCAGGAGGGCCAACAAGCUAGAGAGGUUCCGGUUAAGCUCCCAAUUUAUUCGAUUUCAGAUGUUUUAUCACCAGAUAUAAUUUCAAAGCAUUUAUCAGGGUUAUCUGACCUUCAACUUGAAGAAUUGUAUGGGGGGUAUCUUCCAGAAUCCACUGGUGCGACAAAAGAAGAAAUACUCGAAGUAGUUAGAAGUGGAUUUUAUCAACAAGCAACUGCACAUCUUGAGGAACAGCUUCGUGAAGGAUCAGGUACUGGAUAUUUACUUGCACAAGCAUUGAAAUAUGAUUAUACUGGUGAAGGAAUUGAACAAUUUCUUUCUGGAGUGAGAACAAAGGGUAAGGAAGAAAAUGAGAAUAAAGAGUUAUAAUUUAUAGAAAUUUAAAAUGUUAUAGGAAAAUUUAUGA